GGGGGGAAGAGAGAGAGGAGGGGGAUGAAAUCGACGGUGCUGCGAGGGUCCGCCUUCCGCGGUGCCAUCCCAGCGGCGGCUGCCGGUAGGCUUUCAGGGGUAGAGGGAGUAGCGGUCGUCCUCCAGCCCUCACACAGCCGUCGGCUGCAUUCCUCUACUCGAGCUGAUUUGCCUCCCAAGUCUUCACUAGACGAGUUAGAUGCACUGUAUGAGGUGGUUCGAGCAACCAAGGUUUCCUCAUUGAGUAAUGAUAUCCUUACGCGCAUCAUUGAGAGGGUUCGAGCAACCAAGGUUUCCUCAUUGAGUAAUGAUAUCCUUACGCGCAUCAUUGAGAGCUCUUCAAAUGCUCGUAGGGAGUUUGUCCAGAAGGAAGUGCGGAGGACAUGGAUGAUUUGUGCUGCAACAGUAGGUGGUUUUUUCACUGGAUUAUUAAUAACAAGGAAGAUGGAUAACAAGACAGAGAGAGAGCUCGGGAAUGAAACUUACGACAACCUCGCGAAGUAGAGAGUUUAUUGAACUUUUGGACCAGGUAUUGUCGUUGCUUCUUCACUUUGCACCAGCUAUAUGAAAACCAAUCGCUUUGCUAUAGUGGAGCCAUUCCAAAUUCACUUUGCAUCAAGUAGGAGGAGGAAAACCAAACAAUUGGGCCAUGCAGGCUGCCAUGUUGGUCAGCACCGCACAUGCUAUCUCUCCCUGUCUCUCCUUGGUUGCUUUGUUUGCUCCCGCCCUCAGCACUGUGGAUUCUGGGCUAGGUGCCUUCCACGGCUGCAACUUAUGGAUGUGGACUGGGAUGUGGCUCCAGGGUGUUUUUCAUUUUAAUUGGUUCCAGGUGCUAAAUUAGAGUGGCCUUAUAGGUGCAAAGUUAUUGAUUUUUUCAUACCUGUUGCAAAUUGAAAGAAGCAACUACAGUAUCUGAUCCAAGUGCGCAUAAACUCAAUUAUAUAGGAUGAGAGAGCUGGAAACUUUAUUGCUGUGAGAUAUGUAGCUAGUUUAUUUAAUUAAGAAACAUGUCUACCAUGCAGUUUGCAACCAACAUCUGCCUUCGGCUGGUUUCCGAAGGCUAGGGUAUGUUUGUCUGUGUCCAGAAUCUACCCAUCUGUCCAAAUUGGUGAUGACCAAAUAAUUGGUUAUGCUUGAGCUUAAUUAAAAAAUAGCCAGGUUAUGUGGAGGAUGGAAUGGUUUACAUUUUUAUAAUUGUGUUUGCCAUUAUUACCUGAACAUGACCAGUUUGGUAAUUUCACUGGAAGCAAGGACUAGUCUGGUAGCAAAGUAUCAUAGACUGGAACCAAGCAAGUUUGAACACCGAGGGAUCAUUAGGUAGUCUCAUUACCACUGGGUAUCCCCGUCGCUUCCAUGGGUAGAAAUCCAACUUGUAAAUUCUGCCUCCCGGAAUUCUAUACUGGCUGACCCAUUCCCUGGAGUUGGGGGCAACUAACUUCCGUAUUAAUUAGAAAGAUAGAAAGGCCAUGAGGAUGGGAAAAUAAAAAUAAAAUCCUUUUAAUUAGUUCUCCUUUUUGGAUUUUUCUUAUUAUCCUUUUUUUUACAGAAUAUUUUUAAACAAAGCCACCAAG